CCAUGUCAGCUGGAUCACCUCUACGACAUCCUGAACCCCCAAAGAAAGAAAGACAAUGAUUGAGCAACCUAGAAGCCCCGCCCACUCAGGUCACUGUGUGGUUAACGAGCCUUGGACCCGAGAGGCUGCAGAUCCCCCACAGAACCUUUGUGGGUUCUGUGAGUUCUUGUCACAGACCGAGUCCGGGUCGGCGUCGCAUUUAUCCGACUCUCUGUGUUCUGAUGAGCCUCAGGGGGCGGAGCUGCUCUCUGCUGGGCUGUCAGCGCCGAAAGAACGAACUCUGUUAGUCAAACGACUUCUUAUUCUGUACACACACACACACACACACACACACACACACACACACACACACACACACACACACAGACACACACACACACAGACACACACACACACACACACACACAGACACACACAGACACACACACACACACACAGACACAGACACACACACAGACACACACAGACAGACACACACACACACAGACACACAGACACACACACACACACUCUCACACACACACACACACACACUCUCACACACACACACACACAGACACACACACACACACAGACACACACAGACACACACACACACACACACACACACACACACACACACACACAGACACACACACACACACAGACACACACAGACACACACACACACACACACACACACAGACACACACAGACACACACACACAGACACACACAGACACACACACACACACAGACACACACAGACACACACACACACACACACACAGACACACACACACACACAGACACACACACACACACACACACACACACACACACACACACACACACACACACACAGACACACACACACACACACACACACACACACACAGCCCGCUCUCAGGCGUGUCAGUCUCAUUAACACCGACGUCUUUAUUAAGGUGACAUCAGCCGAGCUCCUCAUUACAGAGCGGCGCUCAGGUUUGAAUCACUUCACCUCUCUGUCAGCGAUUAAUCAGGUCUGACUCUCGUUACCUUUUUUUUACCUGGAGGAGGAGUCAGCGAGGGGUCAUGGAGGAGCCGAGGUCAUGUGACAAACACGGAGGAGGUACAAAGAGGAGGCCUUUAAAAGAAGACCAGAGUUUUAGAGGACCACGGAGGACCACGGAGGACCACGGAGUACCAGAGAACCAGGGUACCACAAAGAACCAGAGUACUAGAGUACCAGAGUUUUAGAGGACCACGGAGGACCACAGAGUACCAGAGAAGUUCACACUUUUUUAAUCUCAGAUUUAUGUAGGAGGUUCUUCUGUGUGCACGUACACACACACCCUGUCUGUCCUCUCUCAGACCGUGCACGUACACACACACCCUGUCUGUCCUCUCUCAGACCGUGCACGUACACACACACACUCUGACAUCUGCUCACAGCGACUCGAUUCGUCGUUAAAAAGACGGAGAGACUCGGAGCAGAUCUUUACCCCCAUCCAAGAACUCAGUCCCUCCAACAGAUGGUCCUCACACGGGGGACAGUCUAGACCAACAUCAAAGUCAGGAACAAACAAGACCGGGACAGUCUUCAGAACCAGACCUGGACCCGCUGAGACCCGGUCUGAAGAGGAGAGGAGGAUCUGUGCAGUUUGAGGAGGAGAACGACUUCACCCCGAGAUUUCCCAACAGUGACGGAGGCCGACAGAUGGAGAGGCCGACAGACGUUUAGAUCUGCAGGCGGGAGAGCCAGACACACGCACACACACACACACACACACGCGCACACACACACACACACGCACGAUGAGGGGAGAUGAGGGGAUUUCCCUCCUUCUGCUGUUGGUGUCUCAUUAUCUGGUUCGUGGUCCAGAGAGGAGACCGUUUAUCCUCCUUAUGGACCCGACUCUUAAUGAGCCGGGUUUAAGGGGGCGGGGACAUGAAAGGGUUAAACGGCGCCGUGAUCAUCAGAACACGGGAAUACGGAGUGGAGCCGGAUCAACGAUCAUCAGAAACCUCAUCCUGAACUCUGCUGGACACUCAGAACCAGGUUCAGAACAGAACCGGGUUCAGAUCCUGGCCUUUGUAGUUCCUGAAAGUUCUCUUAGACCCGGACCAGUUCUGGUCUAGUAGACCCCCCCCCCCCUUCAGUGAUAUUCAGAGCCCUGUAAUCCCCCUCCUCUCGUCCCCGGUCUGGGUCUGACCCUCCUGACUCCACGCUCUCAUUAGUCUCUUUAUAAUCGGGGUUCAGGGACUGUUGAUGAUCGCCAUGACGACCACAAAGCGUCUUCACCUCCACUAAAGAGCGGAUCAGACCGCUAAGCUGCGAGAGCCGCGCCGACACCUAACCUCGCCAAAGCCCGGCCUUUCCCCGCUAAUCCGCCGUAAUUACAGAGACACGUCCUGUGACGGAGUGUGUGUGUGUGUGAGUGUGUGUGUGAGUGUGUGUGUGUGUGUGUGUGUGUGUGUGUGUGUGUGUAUGUUUGUGAGUGUGUGAGUGAUCAGGAGUGUGUGUGUUUGUGAGUGUGUGUGUUUGUGAGUGUGUGUGUUUGUGAGUGUGUGUGUUUGUGUGUGUGUGUGUGUUUGUGAGUGUGUGAGUGAUCAGGAGUGUGUGAGUGAUCAGGAGUGUGUGUGUUUGUGAGUGUGUGUGUUUGUGAGUGUGUGUGUUUGUGAGUGUGUGUGUUUGUGUGUGUGUGUGUUUGUGAGUGUGUGAGUGAUCAGGAGUGUGUGUGUUUGUGAGUGUGUGUGUUUGUGAGUGUGUGUGUUUGUGUGUGUGUGUGUUUGUGAGUGUGUGUGUGAUCAGGAGUGUGUUUGUGAGUGUGUGUGAGUGUGUGUGUGUUUGUGUGUGUGUGUGUGUUUGUGUGUGUGUGUGAGUGUGUGUGUGUUUGGGACGUUCCUUCGUCAGCAGAGUCGGUGAAACACUCAGUAGUAGGAGGAGGUUUUGAUGAAGAUGAAGAUGCGUCAGAUACCUGAGGAAACAAAGAGCUGCUGUAUUUGUGGACUCAUGACUAAUGUGUGUGUGUGUGUGUGUGUCUGUGUGUGUGUGUGUGUGUGUGUGUGUGUGUGUGUGUGUGUGUGUGUGUGUGUGGGCCCGCUCGGGCUGAGGAUGUAGUUUCAGAAUAAAGGAGAUGACGAUCACUGAACAGACGACUGAAUGGACUUUUAUUCUUAGAAGAUCUGCAGCCAAUCAGAGUCCUCCUCAUCAUCACCGUGGGCUCUGAUUGGAUAACAGCGUCUCUUCCUGCCAUUAAACAGAGGGAGAAACAGAGAGUUCUCGUGAUUACGGCUGUCUGUAAUUCACCACGAACUUCACCUCACAAACAGAUCUGGUAGAAAUCGGCAGAAGGUGAAUAUUGUCACCGUUCAGUUUUAGAGCCGUUCUGGAUACGGUGGAAAUUGGGGGCUAGAGCUGGUCCAGACCGGCCCAGUGGUUCUGGUACCUAAAGUGACCACAGCCUGAAGUGGACUCUGUCUGGAUGCAGAGACCCUGACCCCUGUAGUCUGGGUCUGAGGAGGUUUUCUGAAGGAGUCAGCUGAUUGAUGAGGAUGAGGAGGGUCGCUCCGGUCGCCCCGGUCGCUCCGGUCGCCCCGGUCGCUCCGGUCGCUCCGGUCGCUUCGGUCGCUCCGGUCGCUCCGGUCGCUCUCUCACUUUCAGGUCUCCGGCUCGGACGCCUGAACCCAGAGCAGGUCUGGUUUGUUCUCCUGGUGUCAGACGGGUCCAUAAACAGUCGGGUAAACCGCCGGUCUGUUGCCUGGUUACUAAUCACUCUGCAUCAUUUAUGACUUCCUCAUCACUAAUUCAGCGGCGGCGGCUCGAUAGCAGGCGUGGGCCGCACGCUCCUCCACCUCAUAUUGUUUUUAUAAUCUAUGUUCAUUACCGCCGACCCCUUCAGAACCGCUGCUCCACGGGGAGGGAGGAGUCAGAGAGGACAAACUUCCUCCGGUGCGGUGUCUCUGAGCGCGCUCAGAUCAAAACUGCCUGAUUGUUUGUUGUUGUUGUCACGGCGCCCCCUCCUGUCUGUGGGUGAAUUAAAGGUUUUUAGUUUGAGUGUGUCAUCGGAGUCAAACGCCAAGAUGGAGCCCCCCUCAUAUGUUAUAAACAGAAUGAUCCGUCUCCAGAGCCUGUUGGACUCCCAUGGUGCAUUGCAGUCAUGUCCCCCUCCCUGUUAGCUGGCAGCAAAAGGCUGAGUCUAUAAAUCAGGGAGUUUGGAGACGGGUGGAGGCUGCCGAUAGUCUGUUUAGUCUGCUGAUGGUGACGGAUGAGAGUGAGGCUGAGGGAGGAGGAGAGAGGAGGAGGAGGAGGAGGAGAGAGGAGGAGGAGGAGAGAGAGGAGAGAGGAGAGAGGAGAGAGAGGAGAGAGGAGAGAGAGGAGAGAGGAGAGAGGAGAGAGAGGAGGAGAGAGGAGAGAGGAGAGAGGAGGAGAGAGAGGAGAGAGGAGAGAGGAGAGAGAGGAGAGAGAGAGAGGAGAGAGGAGGAGAGAGGAGAGAGGAGAGAGAGGAGGAGAGAGAGGAGAGAGAGAGGAGAGAGAGGAGAGAGAGAGGAGAGAGAGGAGAGAGGAGGAGAGAGGAGAGAGGAGGAGGAGAGAGAGGAGAGAGGAGGAGAGAGGAGAGAGGAGAGAGAGGAGGAGGAGAGAGGAGAGAGGAGAGAGAGGAGAGAGAGGAGGAGAGAGAAGAGAGGAGGAGGAGAGAGAGGAGAGAGGAGAGAGGAGGAGGAGAGAGAGGAGAGAGGAGGAGAGAGGAGAGAGAGGAGGAGGAGAGAGGAGAGAGGAGAGAGGAGGAGGAGAGAGGAGGAGAGUUUACUGAGACCGGGACUGAGGGAGGACCCGGGUCCGUCUGAGUACUGCUGGGCUUAGAUUUGAUCAUUUCCAUCAUACAGGGAGGACCGAUCUGGAUCCAGCUGACCCAGGUCUGGAAUCCUGGUCCGGUGUCGUGUCAAAGUUAAACGCGAUGUAGUCAGGAUCUGAGGAGGUUCCAGUUUUUAGGAGAAAUCUGAGAGUUUUCCCCUCAGCUCCUCCCCUCCCUCUCUUAUGCCCCGCCCACAAACAGACGCUCCUGCUCGCUCGUAUCGUUCCAGUUAAAUUCAGAUAUAAUGCAGAUCAAUACUUCAGAUCAUUACAAAUGGGGCCCAGUCAAGGUGAAAGUCAAAAGCAUUGGUGCUACUGUAGAUGCCAACAGACUACCAGCAAACACAAUGUUUGCAGGACUUCUACAACGAGGAUAAAGUGACAUAGUCCAGGACCCGAGGGAGGACAGUUUAGCGAUGGCGCUACAACACGCUACAGCAGGUCCGUUUGACAAGAAACACUUCUGUUACAGACACUUGUCUUACUUUGUUAAAGCGGUUUACCUGUCCAGCAGAAAGGUUACAGGGUCACCAAGAUCCCCAAGCGUCCCCCAUGGUUUAUGUUGACCCGUCUUUUUAGCUCUUGUCCGGUCUACCUCCGUUUUAAGCGCCCGUUAUUCCUCCAGAGUCUCCGGUAUUUACUUUGUUUUCUUGCUUGUGUCGGCAGUCGUGGCCAAAGGAGGAUUCAGACAAUUUUCCGAACUUUCUGAUUGGUUUCUACUGUCCGAUAUUGUAGCACGCUAACUUUGUUUGGGCUCCUGAACGACACGGGGGAGCAGCGUCUGCCUCACAACCAAUCAGGUUAGAGGAGGUGGAGAACGGCUUUGUUUACAGUCAGAAAGAGCGGACCGCUCAAAAAUGUUCAAAUGUUGACGACACAGACAGAAGAGAACACAGAGAUAUCGAUAUAUUAACAAAUAAUCAAUAACUAAUAACUAUUUAGUCUCGUUUUUAUUCAUCAACAUUAUAUAUUUAUUUAUAGUUAUCGUCAGAAGAUCACCGUUUAUGUUUCGACUCGUCUUGUUUUCGUCACGUGAUAAAGGUUUAAAUCGUUCGUUUGUCUGUCAGACGGCGAAGUUUUAGCGCAGAUCUGAACUCUGAAACAGGAAAAUCCUCAUGAAUAAGUGAGUGAGCGGGAGGAUGAAGGGAUGAAGAGAGAGAGAGAGAGAGAGAGGGAGAGGAGUGAUGGAGUGCAGCGUGAAGCAGAGAGUCGGAGUGAAGGAGUGCAGGUGAAAUGAAAGGAGACAAAAGGAGCGAUGGCGGAAAUGUGGAGGAGAAACGAAUGAGGCGAGGAGAAGGAAGGAGGCGAGUGAGCGAGGUUCAGAGGAGGAGGAGGAGGAGGGAGCGAUGGAGUGAUGGAGGAGGAGAGGACAGGAGAUGGAGAAUAAACGACAACAAUGAGGAGAGAAUGAGCGUUUGAUGAAUGGAGGAUGAAAACGAGUGGAGCAGAGGAGACGAGUGAGUGAAUGUAAAUCAAUGAAACAGAUUCAUAUUAAAUAUCAGCACCACUUUCUCCCAUAAUCCAUCACUUCACCUCAUUACUGCGGCGCUCUGAGCGGCUCUAAAAACUUCCUCUGACUCCGUUAAACUCGGGUCUAUUUUUAGAUCCUCCGAGUUCAAACACCGAAAUAUUAAAAUGAUAAAGAAGUUCUGAAGGAUCAAAACGAGCUUUAAAAACAGCUGAGAGGGUUUAUGGUUCUGAUGGUUCUGAUGGUUCUGAUGGUUCUGAUGGUUCUGAUGGUUCUGUCAGGUUCUCUCUUUUUCAGACCACUCAGACCCGGUUUGGUUCCUGAUCCUCUUCAGUUCGGACUCUGGUUUUCUUCCUCUCUCUCUCUCUGGUGGUUCUGUUGGACUCAGACUCAGACUCGGAGCGAUCUGAUUGGCUCUUUUUUCAUCGUUUCCUCCUCUCUGUACCGGAGAACUCACCGCUGCCGUCACGGGUCAUGUGAUCGUUAAACGAUGACGUCAUCGGCAUACGGUGAUACCCCCCCUACACACACACACACACACACACACACACAGAUUACUACCACUGAUGCUGAGGGCUCUCCUGAUUGGCUGAGGGAGGAGGCCCGGCACACAGAGCUGUGAGAGUCCUGGGGGGGGGGGGGCCGCCUCUCGACGCCGUGUCGUCGGUCCUCUCUGACGUGUGCUGCUCAGCUCCACACACACACACACACACACACACACACACACACACAUACACACACACACACACACACAUAUACACACACACAUAUACACACACACACACACACACACACACACACACCCUCCUGUCUGUCUUUCCCGCCUUUCUUCUCGUGCGUCAGCGUCUCCUCGUGUCUCGUCUCUCCUCCGUCAGUCGUGAUUGCUCCGGCAGCUCGCGGUGAUGUGGAGCGGCGGCUCACAGACCCUCCUGCUGAUCCCUGAGGUUCAGAGGAUUCAGACGGGCUGACAGGCUCCAGACUCUCAGAUCUGAGGAGGAAGAAAAAAAACUGAGUUUCUGUCAGAAACUCAAAAGAACUUUUUCACAAAGACGUCAAAAAAACUCUGAAGACGGAAGAAAAACUCAGAGGUUCAGACGAGAGAUUCAGAGACUCUGAUUUAGAGAGAAGAAGAGAAAAACACACCUGCGUUUAAAAACCACGCCCACUUUUUAAAGACACACCCACUGUUUAAAACCGCACCCACAUUUUAAAAAAC